AUGAGAGCAACACAACUCUUAGCACGUAGCGAAAGGCUACUGGCCAGUGAAGUAUUAGCUAAUGCUAGACAACUAAAACUCGCUCAAGAAACAAAUGUAGAGGCUCCUCAAAAAGGUGACGCUGUUACGAGUACGGAGAGUGCAUCUAGAGAUCCUUUCUAUGCUCAACUGCCUUCUCCACUUCGAAAGUUUUUCGAGAAAUAUCCUCCAUCUCCAUUCAGAAAAUACUCAGAUAAGCCAACCAGUACUCAUGCUGAAGAUGCCAAUCCAUUUUUACCAAAUAAGCAUCCAAUCACAAACAGUUGGCACGACCCUAAAUACUCAUUACGUCGACAGGCUGAUUUAUAUAAAAUGGCCUAUCGAUUUGGCGUGACACAUCUACUACCAAAGCUUGGUAAUGGAAAGACAUUUUACGAAGAAAAAUACUUGACCAAGACUCCACCAGCUGGUGCUAUGGCAUUCAAGUUGAGUAAGGGUGAAAGAAUUGCCCCAAUAAGACAGAAGGAGGUUGAUACUGCAAUUGCCAAGGCUGACGAAACUAUUGCAAAGGCCCGUGGUACUAAGUUUUUACGCAAGAUUGAAAAGAAAAACAACCAAGGCAAGCGUUUUGUAUGA